CGAAGAGUCACGACCACUUCGCCUCCAAAUAUAACUAAGUGACCAAUAGAGUACCAUGUUCUCAAGCACGUAUCUUCGACAGGUACUCUCACCAUUCAAGUCCAACAAACACCAUCGCAAUGCCUAUUCUUCCCCUCGCCGGUAGAGUCGCUAUCGUCACCGGAAGCUCUCGCUCCAUUGGUGCAGCUAUCGCAAAGAAACUCGGAGCUGACGGGGCAAGUGUCGUGGUGAACUAUGUGUCCAACGCAGCCGCUGCGGAUGAAGUCGUCUCUGCUAUACCAGAGGGGAAAGCAAUCGCUGUGAAGGCAGACGCGGGAACGAUGGAGGGUGGAAAGGAGCUAUUGGACCAGACCCUCAAGGCUUUCGGGAAGUUGGAUAUCUUGGUACUGAAUGCAGCUAUGGCAGGUAGCAAGACUCUGGCGGAAAUAAACGAGGAUGAGUUUGAUGCUCACAUGAAGGUCAAUGUGAAGGGGCCAUUAUUUCUUACGCAGCUGGCGUCGCCACACAUGAAAGCCGGUGGCCGCAUCAUCCUUUUCUCCUCCACUCUCACCUCAUUCGCCCUCGUUCCUCCUACUGCCCUACUCUACGUCGCCACCAAGGGUGCGAUCGAACAACUCAACCGUGUCCUCGCCAAGGAACUCGGUCCUAAAGGCAUCACCGUCAACACCAUAUCUCCUGGCCCCAUUGACACGGAUAUGUUUAGAAAUGGGAAGACAGAACAGCAGAUCAAGUUCUUUGAGGAAUUACAUCCACAAAAGAGGAUAGGGCUCCCGGAAGAGGUGGCGCCUCUCGUGGCGUUUUUAGCUAGUGAUGGAUCAUCUUGGAUAAACGGACAGAAUAUCAGGAUCAAUGGCGGCUACACCGUCUGA